ACCGAAGCUUGUGUUCAAGUGGAUAGCAAACCUACGAAUCACUGCAUCCGUUUUCCGCCCCCGACAUACAGGAAUAAAACCUGUAAGCGUGUUGAAACGUUUUCGGUUGGGAUUUCUCACGGUGCACCGAGUCAAGAUGGUUGUCGUUAAGGAUAUGUCCUUCAAGGCCGGCCAGGAGCUGAAGAUCUCUGGCAAAGCCAAAGAAGCCACCGCGUUCUAUAUCGAAAUUGGCCACGAUGACGACGCCAUAGCCCUUCACUUCAACCCGCGUUUCGAUUCUCAUGGGGAUUGCAACACCAUCGUUUGCAACUCCAAACAAGGGGGCGCCUGGAUGGAUGAGCAUAGGGAGUCCUGCUUCCCCUUCCAGCCUGACGAGGCGUUCAAGGUUAUCAUAACCUUCAAUAAUGAAACCUUUUAUAUUAACCUACCCGAUGGCACCAUGAUGCACUUCCCCAACCGCUUCGGCGACGACAAAUUCAAGUACAUACAUUUCGGAGGAGACGCCAAGAUGCACAGCAUCAAGAUCAAAUGAGGCAACCAUCUUGGCUCGGCCAACCACCAUCUCUGCAGUCAUGUGCUACUGUCUGAGCUUUGUCCUGUCUCUGUCUCACUGUAGUAUCAUUCAGACGGCAGUUCAUUUGAAUAUGUCAUGGCCGCAAUUUGACCUAACGAUAUUUCUGUGAAUCAUUAACUGUGAAAAAUCUUUGGCAUUUGUCUUGUGAAAAACAUGAAAUGUGCUCAACCUCCGUAACCUCUCCUUCGCAUGACAUAAUUGUGGAGAUGUAUCUUCUAUGAGUCUAUUCCCAGUUCUUGACCACUAAUAAAACAUUUUACACAA